GGGUAAAAACUUCGUUUCACUUUAAUUCUAAUGUCUGUCUCUUUCGAGAAAUGUACGAUAAGGGUAUUGAUAUGGCGUGAAUGGAUUUAUGAUUUAGGACAAGACACUCUUACUUGAUCUCUUGUUGCCCCUUGGUUACAAAGUGACAGUCGACGUUAGAAUUAUUAAUGACUUAACCGAUUUAAACUGUCAGUGGCCUUUUUUGAAAGACAACACCUUAACCAAUCUUCUCGCUCCUCUGGCUCAAUUGUAUCCGCACUCUGUUCGCAGAACUUCUGAAGAAACAGCCGCCAUCUGACUAACUUUUCUCGAGAAUUUGUCACAAGAGUCUCGCGCUGAGAACCAGGGAAAUAAAUGCGAAAAUAAUCUGGUAGUUAUGAAACUUUAUACGACUACAGUUAAUCUUAACCCAAACCUUUCAUCAUAUCGUCUUUGUUCAACCACCUUGUGAUGUAUUAUUAGUCUUUAUGUUAUAAGAUAAAGCGCUAAACCCUCGCCCCUGGGGGUAGAGUGUCCUUCGUAUAAAUAAGAACCUAAACUUGUUAAUUUAUUACUUUCGACAUGUAUACGUGCAACACAUUAGAAAUACUCGUUUUGUUUUGGGGAUGGGAUCCUGUCCUUGUCCAAUAACCAUUCGUUGCUGUAUAACAUUCCAAGUCGUCUUUAAAAUGAACUGGCUCAUCGUCACACCAUUCGGCGUUCUCCACGUGGCGCGUAAUUACACAGAAACCUCACAACGGUCGUCAAGUAGUGCAAGCACAAACGUCAUGCAACGGUUCCAAUAAUUGUUGGAAUUACAUUUGAUGGAAAAUGCCUCUUUUUCUAUGGUAAAUUUACAAACAAACAAACUAGAAAUGUUUGGUUUGAUAAACGUAAUUACUGGUGUAAUUUUCUAUCUUCUGUUUAAACGAGGUACGGGAAAAAUACCUCGUCCUUUUUAUUUUUCUGACAACGACUCCCGCCUUAUUGAUGAUGAAGUUUCACGAGUUAUGCAAAACUACAAUUAUUCUGAAGCUUUCUUAGGGGUAACACUAGAUGGCACUCUUGUAUACCAACAAGUGUAUAACAAUGGCUCAGAACCAACUGUACCUUACGUCAAUUCAGCUAGUGUAACAAAGCAUCUGAUUGGACUGGCGAUUCUAAAACUUGUGGAAACACAACAAAUAAAUAUACACGACAAAGUUUUUGGUUCCAGUGGAAUUAUUAAUUCAUUUUUACACUGGGAACGCUUCAGAUGUCAAGUAAGUGAUUCACGGCUGUAUGAAAUUAAGAUUCAUCAUCUCUUAGAUCAAACAUCAGGAUUGGAGUGUGUAACAAACAGUAAAAGUCGGGUCAGCUUAACUGUGCAGUUACCUGAAGAUUUCCAAAAAACUGGAGUCUUAAGUCAAAAAUUCUUCACGAAAUUCUUACACUGUCUGGUACGAGAACCUUUGGUCCACCCACCCGGUUUUCAGCAAUGCCCUGGUCCCGAGGGUUUCUUGGUUCUAGCCUAUAUUUUACAAUCACUAACUUCAAUGUCUUGGAAAGAUUAUGUAAAUCAACACAUUCUUCAGCCAAUAGGAAUGCGGCCUAGUGUUAAAAAUGAAAGUCAUUGUCGUCCUGACGAAGAUGUUAAUUCUAUUCAGCCCACACGCGAUCCUUAUAUCAAGCCCUCCAAUGAUGGAUAUCACCAUAUCAGCAGGAAGCAAUACAUCGACAAGAUCUUUUCAUGGAAGUUUUCUGCCACUGAUUUGCUACGUUUGUUUUCUUUUUAUUGCUCAUCAUCUCCCAUCAUCUUCAUCUCCAACGCAACAGUUUCAAGAAUGCUGAGUAAACCCCCUAGUGGUUGUCCACAGCUUGUCACGAAGUGGCUUGCUUUAGGGUUCCACGUCAACAGUCACGAUAAAUUGUGGACAGAAUCAGAUCGAAGAACAAGUUCAAAUGACUUCGUAAUCGCUUGUGACAAUGUUUUACAUAAUACUCGCUAUACAAUACAAAGUAUAACAAAAACGGGUCAAAAAAGGUGUAGCUGUUGGGUUGUAGUCUUUCGGGAAAAGAAAAAUCGCAGGUUAAUAUACGAGUUUAAACGCGUGUUUGACAGCAUCCCAAUGCCAACUCUUCCAGUUCUUGUGUAUCCCGACGUGGCAGACUUAGUAAUAAAAACUAAAGAUGGGUCCAAACAAGUAAUGAUCAAAUUUCGUGUCCACGCGAGUGACGUUGUAACCUAUUUUCGUAACGUCAACCAAUCACAACUAAUUGUCACUUUUGUAAGUUAUUUUGUGUACAAAAAAUGUAAUUGUUUUUCUUUUAUCUUGUACCAAGACAACACAUCAUCCCAGUUAUUCCAGAAAGGUCCAGAGCCGUUUUUUGUAAACCUUGAGACGUUCGUGGGGUCCUCUCAAAAUGGAAGCGGACUAAUUCUUGAAGACGUAGUGAGGAAGAACGAGCUUGGUACUGGAACCUCUUCUGCAGGGAAUUCCUGUGAUGCACAAGUUCUUAACAUCUCUCGCGCGGAAUUAGGACAAACCAUCAUGACUUACACAAACAAAGGUUAUUUUUUGAAGAAACUAUACUGCUGGUCACGGAAUUCAAAUUGGGACAAAUUUAAAUUGGUGGUCGUAUUUACUCGCGCAAAAACACCAAAAUGGAUCCUACAAGAUGACUUAUCAAUGAGCGAUGUACGGCGUUUGUCUCAACAUUAUUCGAUUAAUGGUUUUUUAGUGAGAGAACUGUGUGCACGUGUAGUUUCUGAUAAGCUUGUAUUCCUCACCAGGUGGGUAAAAGAAUAAUAGACACACGACUUCAACCUUUUAAUACCUUACAGUUCUUCUAAUUCGUUGUGUCCCCCCCCCCCAUCUUGCAGACACUUCUUUCGGAUUUUCACUUUAGCAGGGGUCACAGUCCUUCGCACGUGUUGCCCCCCCCCCCUCCUCCAAUCAUCUGUGUUCAUUGCCAGGCAUGGGCGUCCGCAGAAAUUUUUCAAGGGUGGAGGGGGCGGCAAAGUAGUGUGAAAUUGUAAAUUGAAUAAAACAUUCAUAAACAAAUGCUGAAUGAAAAAAGAAAGAAUUAUGUUUCUCAUUUUCCAGGUGGGAACAAGUGCCCCCCCCCCUGCGGACGCCCAUGUUGUCAGGUCUUCUGCAAUUAUUUCUUUAACGCUCUACUGGCUUUCCCUGUCUUCUCUUACCGACUACUGACAUCUUACAGACACUCAGUAAGAAAAAUAUUUUAAACAAAACAGAGCAAUCGCAUUACAAAUUCUGAUGACAGAGGUCGUGUGUUUAUUAUUUUUGAAAGUUUUGUCUCAUAGAAAACUUCAGUUGACGCUGACAGCACUUAAAAUACCAGUUUUAUAGAUAUAUACGUUCUUAUAUCUGUUAAGCCUUUUUAAUAACGACAUCUUGUUGCCAUAUUUUUUGAAAUACAAAAUUCCUUGGUUUUUACGCCUUUUUUUUAUACAUAACAGACCUCAUAUGCUAUGCCUGUUUUCUAUAGAACAAUUCUAAAUUUUAUACCUUUUUUACUAUAGAUAUAUCCUUGGUUUUAUAUUUUUUUUGUUACGGAAUAAUAUUUUCACAAUUUCCUCUGAAAUUAAUACAUCACGACCUCUAUCUGCAGUCUACUGUUAUUGUUAUAACUCGAGUUGUAAUAACAACAUUUUUGUUGUUAAGCGCAAAGCUACACAAUGGGUUAUCUGUAUUUUGCUCUCACCCGGUAUCGAAACCCAAUUUUUAGACUUUCCACUAAGCCACCAGGGGGCUUUAAUAUAAAAAUAGAGCUCUGGAAAAAGAGCUCGUGGUGUAUGUAUUUUAGAAAAUGUUUCUAAUAAUAACUCCAGUUGGCGUUCAAAAAAUUAAAAAUACAAGCGAUUAUUGUGUUAUCUUCAUUAAUUACCGAUUUCAGAACCGUUAGCAAGUAGUAAAAUAAGGCUUACGUUCUUUAUGUAUUCGCUACGAUACAUAAAAUUUGUUACAGGUGUCGCCUUUUAACGGCAAAUAUUUUCAUUAUUAACUUUACAGGUUUUGUCAUCGCCACUAAGUUUGUAAACUUCUGUAAAUUUUCAAUAAAUAUUUUAGGCUUCAAUAAAUACGUCAGGCUUUCUGUA